CGGGGCGGGGGUGGCCGCCUAGGGGAGCCAAAUGCGGAGCCCGGUGUAGGCUCGCUGGCCCGCUGCGGACGGGGCGCGGGGCGCUCGGGGCCAGCGGAGAAGUCGAGCAGCCAGUGAAGAUGGUGGACUUCCUGGCCAACACGGAGAUCAACAGCCAGCGCAUUGCCGCAGUGGAGAGCUGCUUCGGGGCCUCAGGGCAACCACUUGCCCUGCCAGGCCGGGUGCUGCUGGGCGAGGGUGUGCUGACCAAGGAGUGCCGCAAGAAGGCUAAAGCUCGCAUCUUCUUCCUCUUCAACGAUAUCCUGGUGUAUGGCAGCAUCGUACUCAACAAGCGCAAGUACCGCAGCCAGCACAUCAUUCCCCUGGAGGAGGUGACUCUGGAGCCGUUGCCCGAGACCCUGUGGGCCAAGAACCGCUGGAUGAUCAAGACGGCCAAGAAGUCAUUCGUGGUGUCUGCCGCUUCCACUACGGAGCGCCAGGAGUGGAUCAGUCACAUCGAGGAGUGUGUGCGGCGGCAGUUGCGGGCCACGGGUCGCCAGCCCAGCACUGAGCACGCGGCGCCCUGGAUCCCGGACAAAGCCACGGACAUUUGCAUGCGCUGCACGCAGACACGCUUCUCGGCCAUCACCCGGCGCCACCACUGCCGCAAAUGCGGCUUCGUGGUUUGUGCAGAGUGCUCCCGUGAGCGCUUCCUGCUGCCGCGGCUCUCGCCCAAGCCGCUGCGCGUGUGCAGCCUGUGCUACCGGGAUCUGGCCGCCCAGAAACGGAAGGAGGAGGAGGAGGAGCGGGGUGAGGGGUCCCCAGGGCAGCCGGCCCACCUGGCCGGCGCAGGGUUUGGGGCCUCCAGUGGAGAUGACGAUGACUCAGACGAGGACAAGGAGGGCAGUGGGGACAGCGACUGGCCCAGCCGCGUGGAAUUCUAUUCCUCGGGGGUCACCUGGUCAUCCUUCCACAGCUGACCCCAGGUCUGCAGAUGUGAGGGAGGCUUCCAGAGUCAUUUCUUCAAACAAGCAGUCUCCAUUGCCCAGGCCUCUAAGAGGGCAGAGUUUCCGAAGCUGCCUAGCACCCCCCGAGGAUCUUCCCCCAUGGGUGGUGGGUGCACUGGGAAUGUCUCUUUCUCUCUGGAUCCCCAAUGUCUAUUUUCUGGACAUUGUCAUCCUUCAAUUUAAACUUCAGGUAAUUAUCUUCCCAUUUAUCAAACCCAAAACACUUAGGCCUCUUGGGACCAAAUGCCUGUUUCUCAGCCCUAUGAGCUGUAACUCCAGAUGACCUCUUGAGUCAGACAACCACGGCACCUUUAGGGACCAGAGGGAAGAUAGUUCUGAAGUGAGGUGCCCACUUCUCUGAGACCUUGAACCCCAGCACCUGGCACCCAGAUAAUCACACCCCCAGGGAAGACUGGGAGUCCUAGGAGGCCUCCAGGAAAACAAGGCCUGCUGUCUACCUUGCUGAUGCCUACAUACCUGGUCUGCUGGGUGUUAUCAGACCCAGCAUGUGGGCUCAUCCAGAGCCUGCCAUGCUGUGGGUGCCCAUGAGCUCCAGGGACUGCAGCCUGAGUUCCCCAUGGCCUAGGGAACCUGCCAAGUUCUCUGGCCCUUUCUCACCUCAUCUGAUGCCUUUCAGUCCUGUCCUCAUUUCUCCCUGUGGCUAGGAAAGCAGUGUUUUCUCUUAGGACUGAAAACAUUUACUGCAAAUGACAGAAACCCUACCCAGACUGACUUAAUAAUAAAAAGAAAGUUUAUUGA